CUGCCAUCUUUGCACAUGUGUGGAACUAGCAAUCAUAUUUUAGCAAUUCAUGAGCGAAGCCUGCACGCAACAAUUUCACAGCGAGACAAGUCCAUUUGUUUGUCAGCCCUCUGCCUGAGAGUUUUUGUCCGUCCUUGUAUUUUAAGACCGCCAUGGACCUGACUCGAUAAGACUGUGGUGCUAGAUACUCGCGGAUAGCUGACCGGAAGCGUUUGUUGAAAUCGCCCAGUGCUUCUGAACACAGAACUCAACCUGGCACAGCACGAUCGCAUCAACAAAGCCAAAUACAAUCAGACAGCCUACUUUUAGGCUGACAUUUGACUCUUGAGGCUGAGAUGGCAGUCACCUACUCGUUGAAGUACCAGGCGCGCGUUCUGGUUGCGUUGCCAUGCGAUACUAUCAGCUCGAAAUGGCUCGUAGGGACGACAGCGCUGCGGGAGGAGAACGAGGUACGGCUGCUGCAGUACGACCAGGACAAUGAGCAGCUGGUGUGUCGGCGCACGUUCACGCACGCGGCGGAGGUAUGGGACAUCGCGCCGCAUCCCAACCAGGAGGACCUCUUCGUGACCGUGUGGGCAAAAGCUGGAAACAGCUCGGCGACACUGUGGAGGGCGCCGCCGGGCUCUGAGUCCGGGGCGCUGGAGCAGCAGGUGGAGCUGACAGGGCAGACCAGCAGCAUGCGCUGCGCGCUGUGGAGCACGCCGCAGCCGGAGACGGUCGUGACGGUAGAGGAGGGGCACCUCAAGAAAUGGGCGAUCACGGAGGCGGGUGCAGAGGCUGUGAGCAGCUGCCCUGCUGGCGAGCUGGUGCAGCUGUGGGGCGGCGCGUUGCACCCACGCAACGCCUCGCUGCUAUGCACCGCGGGCAGCAACGACGUGCAGACGUGGGACCUGCGAACGCUGUCCCGGCCCAUGGGUGAAAUCAAGAUGGCGCACAAGCAGCCGGUGCGCAGCAUCAGCUUCGCGCCGCACGCCGACACGCGCAUCCUCACCGCUGGGGAUGACUGCAAGCUGCGGUACUGGGACCUCAGGAACCCCGGGCAGCCGCUGCUGGAGAUGGGUGGGCACCGGCACUGGGUGUGGCGCGCCGCCUACAACCCCGCGCACGACUCUCUGGUUGCGUCCUGCUCCUCCGACUGCUGCGUUAACCUGUACUACACACCGCAGCUGGCGGCCAGCGCGGGCGCGGCGGCGGCCGCGGCGCCGGGUGGGGAGGCGGGCGCGGCGGUGGCGCCGGGUGCAGGGCAUGCCGCGCCGGCCGGCCCCAAGGGUGCCACACGCGGCGUGGAACUGGACGGCAAGGUGGUGACGUGGGACGAGCACGAGGACAGCGUGUACGGGCUAGCGUGGAGCGCCUCCGACCCGUGGCUGCUGGCUAGCCUGUCGUUCGACGGCCGCGUGGCGCUCAGCAAGGUGCCCAAGAACAUCAAGUAUAAGAUCCUGAUUUGAGCAUGAGGAGGUGGCGGGCAAGAUUUCAGGCGGUCAGUUAGUAUUGGAAUGGAAAGGCCCAGAUGACAGCAUUGGGGCUGUGCGAGGUGUGCAACUCAGCUGCAGUGCGAGACUAGGUGAAGAGACUGCACGGAGGCGACAUGAGGAAGUGCCGUUCAAGAUCUAUAAGAUGUCGUUGAGCAGCUGAAUUGUUAGCCUCGGUGUAGUCCUGCUUCUGGAUGUAUGCCUCCGGAGCCCGAACGACUGUAUACGUGCGAUGGGACACAGGGUAAGGGGCAAGUUGGCGUAGUCACGUAGUGUGCAGCGUACCCCAACAUUCAAUCGCGAUGUCAGAAGCACGUGGCGUGGCACGCGGCGGGUAUCACGCCGGAGUUGCUAUACCGAGACGUCGCUGACUUGCUGGCCGGCUGGUAGCGCUUGUCCUUGCUUAUGCACAUCCAAACGGCCGUGUGCGUGUUACAUUGUGCGCCUGUGCGUUUGCAACGCUGUCCGAGCUGCUUCAGGCCGGGGCGGGGACAACAAAAGUAGUUUUACAUCCCUCA